AUGUUUGCUGGUAGCACUACCGAAUGGCCUACCUGGCGGAUUACAAUGGAAAAUAAGCUAAGCGUGGACGGUCUUGCUAUCGGUAACGAUCAGGACCAAUUCGCGUAUGUCUUCUCCCGCUUGGAGAAACUCGCGUGGAAAAACACCGGAACGUACGUGAAACUACGGCGAAACGACGGCACUGCGAAGGAGCUCUUAGACCACCUAGAGCAGAUAUACGGAGACCCGAACUCGCAAGCUAGAGCAGCGAGGCGCCUCCACCAGAUACGGCAACGCGAAGACCAACCUUUCUCAAAAUUCCUUCCUCAACUAGAAAAGGAAUUCGCGGACGCUGGCGCACUCGAGUGGCAUGAUGAAGCAAAGCGACAAAUCUUACUAGGUUCGUUAAAUCGAACUAUGACCAAUUCGCUAAUGAAUCGCGGCAUUCCCGCUACCUUUAUGGGACUGAUCUCCCGCCUACACGAGAUCAGCACCGAUAGGGACGCCCUCGAUAUCAAUCGACCCCAGAGAGGUAGACAUGCUGGUGACAUAACGCACGAUCCUAUGGAUUGGACACCUACUCGGACUACCGUGAAUAACCGGGAAAACGAGCGAAAUGGGUCUCUCCGGACGUACUCGAAUGCCGGCGGAGAGAAGGCCGAUGUUUCCGCUGCGGAAGGGAUGGAUGUAGCAUCCGUCAAUGCCCUCUAUUACCCGCGAAGCCACCACAGCAAGCACUUCAACGCCCUCGUGUCACUACCGCAGCGGUAG